CUUUUGGAAGAGGUUUACUAGGUACCUGUGUUUGGCACUUGAGGCCUAAGGCUCUGUGGUCACUUCAAGUGUUGUCCAUUAGAUCACUGAUUGGUAGUUGGUCGAACACGAAACAUGGACCGCAGGGCCGCGGCCCUUUUGCUGUUAGCUGGUAUGGCGCUUUGCGCCUUGCCAGCGUGCCGAGCUGAUGCUGGGAUUGACAUGACGGAUGCUCCCAAGGUGGACAACGGUGUGUCUGCGGGUCACGCGACGACAACCGACCCCACCUCCAUCCACAGGGAGAAGGAAAGCAUGUCGAACGCCGCAAACCGCCUCCGCAGUGGGGCGGAGCAAUUCACUUUCCAGGCUGAAGUGACGCGUAUGAUGGACAUUAUCAUCAACUCGCUGUACUCGAACAAGGACAUCUUCCUCCGUGAGCUUAUCUCCAACGCGUCUGACGCGUUGGAUAAGAUUCGUUUCCUGUCCCUCACUGACAAGAGCCAGCUGGGCGAGGGCGAGGUCGCCAACCUGGAGAUUAGGAUUUGGCUGGAUAAGGACGGCAAGACUCUGUACAUCCGUGACCGCGGCAUUGGCAUGACUAAGGACGACCUGAUUAAGAACCUGGGAACAAUUGCCAAGUCCGGUACUUCAGCCUUCCUGGAGCAGAUGCAGAAGGGCGGCGACAUGAACCUCAUCGGCCAGUUCGGAGUGGGCUUCUACUCGGUGUACCUGGUGGCAGACUACGUGGAGGUGGUGUCCAAGCACAACGACGACAAGCAGUACAUCUGGGCCAGCACCGCGGACGGCAGCUUCACCAUCAGUGAGGACACGGAGAACGGGGAGCUGGGCCGCGGCACGCUGCUCAAGAUCCACCUCAAGGAGGAGGCGCAGGAGUACGCCACCGAGGCCAAGCUGCGCGAGCUGGUGCAGCGCUACAGCGAGUUCAUCAACUUCCCCAUCUACAUCCAGACGGAGAAGGAGGUGGAGGUGCCGGUGGAGGAGGAGGCGGCCAAGGAGGGGGAGCAGAAGGAGGAGGAGAAGGCGGCCGAGGAGGAGGAGGAGGAGGAUGAGGAGGGCGCUGAGGACGAUGAGGAGGAGGAGGCCAAGGAAGAGGAGAAGCCCAAGGCAACUCGCAAGGAGAAGCGCCAGGAGUGGGACCUGCUGAACGACAACAAGGCCAUCUGGCUGCGCAAGCCCUCCGAGGUGACGGAGGAGGAGUACCAAAAGUUCUACAAGGCGGUGUCAAAGGACUACGCGGAGGCGCUGUCCUACUCGCACUUCCGCGCGGAGGGAGACGUGGAGUUCCGCUCCAUCCUCUACAUCCCCUCCUUCUCGCCCUUUGACUUCUACGACAAGUACUACGAGAAGGCGCAGAACGGGCUGAAGCUCUACGUGCGCCGCGUGUUCAUCAGCGAUGACAUGAAGGAGCUCAUCCCCAGGUACCUGUCGUUCGUGAAGGGUAUCGUGGACAGCGACACGCUGCCGCUCAACGUGUCGCGUGAGAUGCUGCAGCAGGAGGCGGCGCUCAAGACCAUCAAGAAGAAGGUUGUUCGCAAGGUGUUGGACAUGAUUCGUAAGAUGGCGGAGACGGAGGUCAAGUGCAAGGACAUGGACGCCAAGGGCGAGACCGAGGGCAAGCCCAGCGACAAGGAGUGCGGCCAGUACGGCAAGUUCUGGGAGCAGUUCGGCCGCGCCAUCAAGCUGGGUGUCAUUGAGGACGCCACCAACCGCAACCGCCUGGCCAAGCUGCUGCGCUUCUACACCUCCAAGAGCGGCGAGCAGCUCACCACGCUGGAUGAGUACAUUGGGCGCAUGAAGGAGGGGCAGAAGAACAUCUACUACCUGGCAGGUGCCAGCAAGGAGGAGGUGGCGCACAGCCCCUUCGUAGAGCAGCUGCUGCGCAAGGGCUACGAGGUGAUCUUCUUCACGGACGUGUUGGACGAGUACGUGAUGGGGCACCUGCUGGACUACGACGACAAGAAGUUCGCCAACGCCAGCAAGGAGGACCUGAAGCUGGCGGACAAGGACGAGGUGGAGAAGAAGAAGGACAAGGAGCUGAAGGAGCAGUUCAAGGACCUGACCAAGUGGUGGAAGAAGGUGGUGGACGACUCGCGACUGCAGGCGGUCAAGGUUUCCAGCCGCCUGGCCACCACCCCCUGCGUGGUGGUCACCGGCAAGUACGGCAACUCGGCCAACAUGGAGCGCAUCAUGCGUGCACAGGCCUUCUCCCGACCCGGCGCCUCCUUCACGCCCACGCAGCGUACCCUGGAGAUCAACCCCAGGCACCCCCUCAUCGUGGCUCUGAAGGACAAGCUGGCCGCCGCCGCCUCCGAGGACGCGGUGGAUGAGGCCACCUCCGCCACGGCGCGCCUGCUGUACGAGACGGCCCUGCUGGAGUCGGGUUUCGUGCCGGAUGACGCCAAGGCCUUCAGCUCGCGGAUGUACGCGGUGCUGAAGGGCACGCUGGGUGUUGAGUCGUUGGAGGUGGCGUUGGAGGAGGAGGCGGGACAGGGUGAGGAGGAGAAGAAGGAGGUGGCGGGUGAGGAGGGUGCGGCUGAGGAGGAGGCGGAGGAGAAGGAGGAGGCGAAGGAUGAGCUGUGAAGGGGCUGGAGGUGACGAUAUGAGGAGGAGGUGGAGGUGUCCCCAUGGUGUUUUCGAGUGGUUUGCGAGCGGGGAUGUGGGUGGUUUUGAUGGCAGUAUGGGCGGGCGGCGUGUUGCCGCAUGUGCCAUGUCGAGAGCGAAUGUGAGGAGGGGGAGGUGUCCCCACUGCAGAGCUAAGCCGUAGAGCUUGAUGCGGUUAGCGUGCGUGCGCGUGUGUGCGCGCGGGUUGUGUAUUGGGUUGUGUUGCGUGGGUCGGACUGUGACAACGGUCUUCGCUUCUGAGUGCCGGACUUGCCCCUAGAUGGCUUGAAGAGAGGGAGAGACUUGAACGACCUUUUCGAGAGAAUACCGGGAAGUGGCUGGUUUAAGCCGGCCUAUAGUUUGUAUAGAAGUGCUGGCGUGAGCAGCAACCUACUCAGGUGCUG